AUUUACCAGCCACAGAAGGCGCCACUGCAAGUACUAGGCCUAUCCCCUGUCUGCUGCUCGCUAUGGCAAGUUAGAAGCAGUAAUUUUUAAUUUCAUAUGGAGGGUGUUCACAAAUGAAGAUGGAUUUGACAUUGUGCCUAUCAGCUCCUCCUCUGUGUUCAAGGGGGUGCAAUGCUGAGGAGACCUACUAGGCUCUGUGGUGAAAGAUGGGGGGGAGCCUCUCCUGCUGCUCUGCCCCGAGCCCCCGGCCCCAUCGUAAAGAGGACAGUGGUGACCCUCCGCAUUCAGAAGAGAGUGCCUCUAACCUUCAACACAUCAGUGAACGUGAGCCAGAAGAUUUUGACCAGGAUCCUUCAACUCACCCAACAGCAGGUCCACUGUUCAUGCAACGGUCUCGAAGUGACACUAGGAAUUGCAAAGAGAAGAGGAGGAGUCAAGUAAACCUUCUUGAGAGCAGAGCAUUGAAGAAGUCCAACUCGUGCUCAACCAUCUACUUGGAUGACAGCACUGUGAGCCAGCCAAACUUACGAUCGACACUCAAGUGUGUGACUUUGGCCAUCUACUACCACAUCCGGCACCGUGGCUCGAGGCGCACUAGCGACAUUUUUGAUGAACGCAUACAUCCCCUUAGUCGUGAGGCUGUUCCUGAUGCUGGACGGGACCCCGACCACCGUACUGUUUAUCGCUUUGUGCGCACUCUGUUCAGUGCUGCUCAGUUGAGUGCAGAAUGUGCCAUCAUCACACUAGUCUAUCUGGAACGUCUGCUUACUUAUGCCGAGAUAGACAUAGCACCCUGCACGUGGCGUCGUAUUGUCCUGGGUGCCGUGUUGCUUGCUUCGAAAGUAUGGGAUGACCAGGCUGUUUGGAAUGUGGAUUACUGCCAGAUUCUCAAGGAGAUCACCGUCGAGGAUAUGAAUGAGCUUGAGCGUCGCUUUCUUGAACUUCUCCAAUUCAAUAUUAACGUGCCAGCUAGUGUUUACGCCAAGUAUUACUUUGAUCUGCGCACACUGGCUGAUCAAAAUGACCUGGCAUUUCCAACGGAGCCCCUCAGCAAGGAACGUGCACAGAAACUUGAGGCUAUGUCAAGAGUGUGUGAAGAUAAGCUGGGUGAACUGCACCGUAAUGGUUUCAAAAAGUGGUCAAGUCUGGAUAACUUGAACAAUGUUGCUGUGCGUAGAAGUGCUGCCAUUUUAUCUUGAUAAAGUCAUUCACAGUUUAUGUGGCUGCUAAAGCAGGACGCUGUAAAUUCUGGUGUUUCAAAAUGGCAUAUCCUGUUUUAUUUUGUCCCAAUUGUCUUAGAACGAAGACUGAUUGAACAAAGUGCUUGCCACUCAGCAGUCUAAUUUAAGCACUUCAUGGCUUUGUUAUUCCUGAACCACUGCGCAGCAUCACAACUGAAAUGUUUCAUGGUAUUUAAUGUCCUCCUUUUGCUUAUUGCAUUCCAGGGGGUAAGGUACAUAAAAGACAAGGUGAAUUGUUGAUUUUUAGGUAUUUCCUUACAGUGUACAGGUGCUGUUCUUUUUAGCUGGUUUAGUUGCAAUCAGUGGAUAAGUCUUAAAACAUCCCAAUUUCGUACAGUUACACUUGUAAAUUUCUGAAAAUAAAUGGAUGAUCUUACUUAG